AUGAACCCAACUGAUCUCUCAUGCCAGGAAGUGGCAGCUUCAAGCAAGCCUGUGGCAAAGCUCAUUGACCACCUGAACAAUGGGUUUCAAAUAAAAAGAAAAGAGCUUCUCAAUACUGGCUUAGAACUUUCAUCGACGGUGAAAGAUUUUGAACUGGAAAGCUCAUUUGCUAGUGGAAGGCAUCCCGCUUCCGCUUCUUCCGCUUCUUCCGCUUCAUGGAGUUCUGAAUUCCUUGCCGAUGAAUGCUCUUUUUCAAAAAAACAAGAAAAACAUUUUGAUUCAAUAACAAAUGCUCACUUUCGUACAUGGAUCAAUGAAUUUUCGUUUGAAAAAGAAAAGAAUCCUGAAGCCCUUUGGGCAGCAGAGUUUGACCAAGCUGAAUCUGCAAUGGAAAAUCGGCUACCCAUUAAUGAACAACAGCAGUUAAAUGAGCUUUUUGACCAAUUCGAAUCACUUUGGAAUGGCUCCAACUCCAAAAGCUCUCAAUCAGAAUCAUGGAGGGACGAGUUUUCAAACAACGAUAGUGUAACUGAUCAGACUGCUUCUGACUUUCAAAUGUUCGAGUCACUGUGGAACAGUAAGGUCUCAAAUUUGAUCUCAUCUUCGUCAAAGUAUGCUUUUGAAGAAAAUAAUCCCUUCAUGCAGGAAAGUGACCCCCUCUCAAUUGGGCUGGAAAUCUUUUCCAAUCCCGCCGGAUCGCUAACUGAGGCUGCACUUGCCUUUGAAGCUGCAAUUCAAAGCUAUUUGCCGUCCUCCGAUGACAUAAAGCUACUCUCUAAGGCGUGGUUUCUUCUCGGAAAUUGUCAAGCAGAGAAUGAAAAAGAAGGUGCUGCCCUUAUCGCUUAUGAGGAAUCCCUUUCAAUUGACCCAAAAAAUGCAGACGCUCUUUUAGCCUUGGCGGUGUCGCUGACAAAUGAAGCUUAUGAUGAGAGGGUUAUUCAGGUGCUUACAAAAUGGCUUGCCAUUGCAGUUGAUGGGUUUAUUGUCCCUACGACCGCAUCAAGAGACGCGCUUAUUUCGGCACUGCUUGAAGUUAUUAAUCGACGAGGGUGGGAUCAAAAGUUCUCUUCCAAUCUCCAAAUGGCUCUCGGACUUUUAUUUUACAGCAUGGGCGAGUUUGAUCGAUCCAUCGAUUGUUUUCAAACAUCUGUUAAUAUGUUUCCCAGCGAUUAUUUGCUGUGGAAUCGGUUGGGCGCGACUCUUGCAAAUAACCAUCAAAGCGAAAAGGCAAUUGCCAUGUAUGAGAAGGCUUUAUCUUUAAAGCCCUCCUUCAUCAGGGCGCUGCAUAACUUGGGUGUUUCUUGCAUGAACGUUGGCUGCUACCAAGAAGCGGCGGAAUAUUUAAUUCGCGCCCUAAAAGCGCAAUAUUUGCAUCCAGGCAUGCCACCUCCUGCAAAAAACAUAUCCACCAAUUUAUGGGAAACUCUUAGAAGGACCUUUAUUUUUGGCGAUCGCAUAGACAUGGCUGCACUCUGCGAAUCCAGGUCUCUCGACCAGAUCUUGGCUGAAAUUGAAGAGACCCCCCAUUGGUUUUCUCAUGCCUCCGUAAAUUUAGAGCCUUGA